UCUCAACUGCGUCAAGCAGGUGCACGGCGCACCAAUUCAUAAUCACAUUUUCUUCAUCUCUCACUCGAUCGCAGAGAGCUAGCUAGCUAGCUAGUAGCGAUAGUUUCUUGAUUUACAUGUGCCAGGAACUUUCUUGGUUUACAUGUUCCAACACCCCAUCUGAUACUUUUGGCGCUUCCCUUGAGAUCGGCAUCAGCUCUAAAGUAGGUUGCGGUAGCAACAGUCUGAGAACAGAGCAGUGGUACGGUGCACAUCGUGAUACGCACACUCGCUUCUGACAGCACACUCGUCGACCGAAGGGUGUCUCGCCGAACUAGAAGACAAUUGGCUUCCAUCCCAGUGCACGGCGGUAGGCGGAAACUUGUUGUGCCAGCUCCCCAAACUUCUUGCUGCGCAAAUGAAUUUUCCACGAAAGCAGGAGGUGGGAACUGUAAAUACCGAUGGUCUAUUUUGCUUCGAUGACGACGAGUAUGUUGAUAGUGGCAAUCCCAAGGAGAUGGCAAGAAGGGCAAUCUUGUCAUCGACCUCUGCUGGACAUUCGUUGUUGGACACUCUCACACCAAAAGACAUUGAAAAGCUUGCACAGCUUCUCAAACCUGCCAUCAUUCGUCCUGAUGAAGAUGGCGAGAUGUUUGUGGAAGCCGGGGACCUAGUUAAAGAAUCCGCACUUCCUAGACAGGAUUGGGAGACUUGCGGCAAUGAAGAUGAGAGGAGUCGCACAGAAUGGCAUGCCCCCUUUGGACAGAGCACUUACUCUCUCAUCUAUUUGUGUAGCAUUGACAGCCCAGCCUUUUGGUAUGCAGCAUUUGUGUACUUUCUCCAAAUCACAACCAUUUUGCUGACAAUGAUUGAUGUAAUAGAUUGGGAUGGGCUCAACUUGCCGCCUAUGGUUGAUCUGAGUGUGACAAUUGCUCAAGGAGUUACCCUCUUUCAGGCCAUCGCUUUCCAAUCAGAUCUCAUUGAGGUCGUCAUGAAGUUCAAAGAUGGCUUUCAUCCAGAGGCUCUGGAAAAGCACCCCGGAGCAUCCUAUGCAACUUGGCUCGUUUCUUGCAUUGCUCAGCUCAUUGCUGGGCUCCUCCUCCUUGUGACAAUCUUCAUUUUGAUCCUUCAAGUUGACAGUGUGUUGGACAUUAUGCUCAACUUUGCUGCUCUUGAGUUCAUGGCGGACAUUGAUGAUGUGGCGUUCUCCUUGGCCAAGUCUGGUUUUCUUGGGGGCAGUAUCCAAAGGGCUGCAACUGGAGUCACGAACUUCAAAGUUCGCAAGAGGCCUUCAUCAGAUCAAGGAUUUCGGCAACGUUCUUGGAAGUCUGGAGUUUUCCUUUUGAUCAUUGUCGUUUUGGUUUCUGCAUGGGCGACUAUUGUGGCCUUUAGAAGUUCAGGCCAAUACUUGUGCAGCACCAUCAUGGUUAAUAUGGGAGAUGACUUUGUUCCUUCCCUGGGCACAUUCAAUGGCUUGUAUGAUUUAGAUCCAUCUGCGCUCUCCGGGUUGGAGUGGCGGGCAGAAUAUGUGGAGAGGCGCUCGAUCGAAAUUGAUACUCCUGGUCGGGGUAUCUUUGGCUACUGUAGUGACAUCAAAGCUUGGACAUUUCGAGUGGAAUCAAGUGGCAGCAAUGAGAAGGGAGAUCCAUGCAACUGGAUUUCCAGAUCGGCUGAAACAGAUACCUUUGAUAUCUCAGAGACAGCAACAAUCCAGUGGUUUGUUCGGGAUGACACACUUCGGGAAGUUGUACUUGAGCCAUUCAUCCUCUUCUGCUUUGACUGCUCCAAUGCUGAGGAAGGAAGUGGUGACUGUGGUGGGAAAGGAAUCUGCACUAAUGCUGUCUGUGACUGUGAAGAUGGCUGGUAUGGUCUCCGUUGUGAAUUUGUCAGUCCUUGCACUGGGAUCACUGUUGAUGCUCGAACAGAAAAGUUUGCCAGCACCAGGGAUUGGGUAAGUGAAUACCAAUCUAUUGAGCUGACUAGUGGGGCAUUGGUGGAAGCAUAUCACAGGCCAGUCUAUAUCCAUGAAUACAGCACUGGUGAUUAUGAUGUUGUCCUGUUCACUGGUGGUCGUUGGGCUUUGACAUCAUCCAAAUUAUUGCCACAUGGUGGACGGAUCCCAACCAGUGACCUCUCUGAUGGCCAAGAUGAUGCUGGGAAUGACAUUGGAAAUUUCUUCAAACAUUCCUUCCAUGGAUACAAUGGAUACCAAGCCAACUAUUCUGUAGCAUUUCUCAGUGACUACAUGCAAAUUGGAACGCAGAUGGACUCUAGCUCUCCUGUUGGCUUUUCCUGGCACCAUGCCACAGCCAAAGAGAGAACAGCUGAUAGCGAGAACCAGGGAAUGGGCAAGUUGGUUGAUACAGAGUUUCUGUGCCGUACUUGUGAUGAUGAUUUGAACCCUUGCCUCUAUGAUGGGAGGUGCAAUGAUGGUCAUUGUGAAUGCUAUCUUGACUCCUUUGGGAGUCUGUGUGAAGUCCCACCAGUUGGGAAUGGUCACUGUGACCCCUUUUUUAAUGCUCCUGAGUUUAAGAUGGAUGGGGGAGAUUGCUGUGAGUCAACAUGUGAAAGUACCCCAAGGUAUGCCUGUGGGGCAGAGGAACAUGGUUAUGUCAGCACAGGAUACUACUACUGCAAAGAGCCAAAGGAUGAGUGGGACAACUAUGUUUUGAAUAGUGAUGUUGGCACCUGGUCUGGAUAUGCCUUGGAUCUUUCCAUGAAGUCAUUGGCUGUUUCAGAGCUUUUGGAGGACCGUGUACUAAUUUAUGACAAGUUUGAAUCGUCAUGGAUUCUCAGGGAGACUAUCACAGGGACUACAAAGUCAAAUUUUGGGUUGCAUGUGGCCCUCUCUGCUGGUCCCUUCAAUGCAGUUACCAACCCAAGCUUCAAGGCUCCUCUUAUAGUUGUCAUUGCAGAUUCAAAUUCUCUUCAAAUCUACAGGUGCAACUCAGAUGGUUGUACCCCUACGCAAAAGUUCCCAAAGGUUCAGAGCUUUGCGUUAUCUGAUGAUGGCACUGUCCUGGCAAUGGCUUUUCUCCAAAGACACCAGCCACCCAAUUUCAUACAAGUUUAUGAGUCUGAUCAAGGUCUCUUCCAGUUCCGGUCAAAUGUCACUGUCACAAGAAACAACACCAAGACAUUCCUGUACUCAAUGUCCUUGAGUGGUGAUGGUAGUCAACUGGCUGUGCAAGCUAAGCUCCAAGGGGCUGACCCCAAAACAAAGGCACGUGUGGUGACUGAUGAGCACAUUGCUGUCAUGCGGUGGAGUGAAAAUUCUCAGGUCUAUGAAUUGGAGACAGAUUUUCCACUCAAUUAUGUUGUUUCCAGUCUGAGCUACCAGCUGUCACUGGCAUGGAACCAAGAUGGCACUGUCCUUGCCUAUCUCUUUCCAAAGUGCCAAGGCUCUCAGCUGCACAUUUAUGUCCGCGACCAAGACACAUGGGUACAACGAAGGGCUCCGGAGACAAACACUACUGAUUGCAUUGACAGCAGUCGGCCUGGUCGGAAUAAUGCCUUGGCACUCUCUGGCGACGGAUCAAUGAUUGCAUUCAGGGUGGGUAACAAGGUCAGAGUUUACAGAUGGGAAGCUGAAUUCAAAUUUUGGAAUUCUUUGGGAGACGAGUUCCCAUUCAUACACUACCCAAUUGCCAUGAGUGUUGAUGGCAGUGAACUUGCAAUUGGGUCCCCUGAAGAAGACAUUGGAGGAGUCACUGCUAUCUACUCUCUACCAGGAAGGAAAGAGUGCCCCAGUGGUAUGACCUUAUUGCGGCUUUCUCUCACCCUUGAACCCUUCAAUGCUGAUAAGGUGUCUUGGAGCAUAAUGAACAACAGCACAGGAGAAGUCUUGUUUGAGCAAGGACCGUAUCCACCUGAUUAUGGCAAGGCGACAAUUGUGGAGGAGACAUGUGUCCCUGCUGAUUCUUGCUACAUUUUCUCAAUCUACAACAGGGAAGGGAAGGGCAUCCGUGUUCCUGGUCAGUAUGUACUCUUCUUGGAUGGAGAAAAAGUUGGGCAGGGGACCUUUGAAGGGCUUUUCGGCACAAUCAACUUUGGAAACUGUGCUACAUGUCCUGUUGGUACUAAGCUAUUCCGGAUGGCAAUGUUGUCUUGUGUGCCAGUGCAUUGGAAACUGUGGGGUGCAUUUGACGAGGUUGCCACGAGCAAAGAAAAGAUUUUGUAUCAUCCGCCAUUCAAUGAUGAUAUCUUCGAGAUUGACCCAUCCUGUAAUGAUGGCGGGUGGUCUGAGGACUGCACAGAUUGGGCCUAUUAUGAAUCUUGUCUAGAUCCUACAGAGUGUUUUGCUGUCCAAUCGGACUCCAACGUCCAAGCUUACCUUGAAGUCGAUGAUUUUGGAGCUGUGAGAAAGUUGCCAUCUCCAUCCUCUGUGUGCACUAGAGUUGGUACAGUUUUUGGGAAUCAAGAUGUCUGCCACAACAGAGUUUGGCGGGAACUGCAUUCUGUUUGACAUGAUCCUCAUCAAGCAAACAAACGACUUUAUUUUAGCGCUGGGCUGUCUAACAAAUAAGAAUCGACAUG